UGAUUGGCUGUCAUUUGACAUUGUUGGUUAGUAUUGUUGUUAAGUUCAGUGUGUGCUCAAAGUGGUAGAAAAACUAAUGUGAACGCGUUGAUUAUUGCUGUCGAAUUUCCAACUGUAGCGAAAUUAUUAUUUGAUAGUGUAGCUGUAUUUUGUCUUUAUCUGCAUGCUGUAGAGUGUGUGUUUGUGCUUUAUCUACAUAUACAACGUCAAAAUUACUUACUCUGCGGAAUGAUUUUAAUGUGAAAAUAAAAUUUGUGUUUAUAAAAGAUUGCUUGUGUGCGAAUAAACAAAUGAAGGCAUAAAUAGCAAGGAUUGAAGUAAACAAAAGUGAAGUGUUAAUUUCUUCGCAAUUAAAAUUGGCAGUAAAAUUGCAAAAGCGACAUACAAGAAAUAGAAAAAAAAUUUUAAUAAAUAAAAAAUAGCAUAAACCAGUUAAGUGAAUAAUUUGCUUUCGAAGUUUAAUAAAGAUUAGUGAGUGCAAACUUAAAAAUACCCAAAUACUAAACAAAAUUAAAUGAAUUAAAGUGUGUAAUUUAUACAAUAAUUGCUUCAAAAGAAAUUAACAUAUUUUGGUGUUAAAAGAAAAAUAUUUGCAGUUUCUAUCUAAAAUAUUUGCAGCAAUACUAUUUUGGAAACCGACUUUAAAAGGAAUUUUCAAAGAGAAGGUGACCAAAUUCCUACAACAAUAUUCAAUACACUAAACUACACUAAAGCAUUUACGAAACUCAACGCCAAAAAAACUAUUCGAAGUGAAUUUUAUUGACAAAAAAACAACAUAAAUACUUCAAAAUUUGAAUGAGCGAAGAUAAAUGAAAAAGAAUUUCGUUUAAGUAGGAGGAAAUUAUAAAACUUUUUGAAGUCAUAAAAACGGCAAAACAAAAAAAAUUUAACAAAAACCAUUUCAAUAAAACCAGCCAAGUAGAAGUGUGAGCCGUUCAACGAUUUUGGUUCGACAACAACAGCACUGAACAAAGUAGCGGAACAUUCGGAAUUCAACUGAGAAACAAAUAAGCAGGUUCUCACUCUCUGACAUCGAACAUCCAGCUUUUAUGACAACAGCAAACAGCUUCUUAGGAAUUUUUCGUUAUACAUAACUGAGAAAAGAGCAUAAGCUAUCAAAAAAAACCAGGCUUACCAAGAUGUCAUCAUCAAAAUUUUUGGUCAACGGACCACGCCCACUAGUCUUAUGUGGCCCAUCUGGAUCGGGAAAGAGCACUUUGCUGAAGCGGCUUUUCGAUGAGUUUCCUUAUACGUUCGGUUUCAGCAUAUCGCAUACCACUCGCGCACCACGCGCCAAUGAACUCAAUGGCGUUCACUACCAUUUCGUCGAUCAUCAAACAAUGAAAGAAAAAAUAGCAAAUGAUGAAUUUAUUGAAACUGCGGUUUUUAGUGGCAACACGUACGGCACCAGUAAGGCGGCAGUGCGUGACAUACAGCAGGCUGGCAAGGUGUGCAUACUGGAUAUCGAGCCACAAGGUGUGGAGCAAAUCAAAAAGACGGACAUGAAUCCUAUACUCGUAUUUAACAAUCCACCAACAAUAAAAGAUUUGGAGAUUCGCUUGCGUAAGCGGCAAUCGGAAACGGAGGAAACCUUACAGAAGCGGCUGGCAGCAGCUGUAGAUGAGAUAGCCUAUGGCUUGAAGGCUGGGAAUUUCCAUAAGAUUAUAAAUAACAUCGAUAUUGAUGACUCGUACAUCGAGUUCAGAGACUUCGUUGUAGAUGAGUUGAAAAAGCAAGAAGCCAAAGGCGUCACUAUUCGUUGGGAACAAUAAAUAUAUAAAAUAUGGUAUACUAAAAAAUACACUUUUAAAUUGUCGUUGCGUGUACAAGAUAAGAAUAUUUGUAUCUAUUGAAGAGUUGAAUAAUAAAAAUGUUUAAAGAAAAUCGCUUGGUUUAAAACAAAA